AUGCCAGCACCACGACGCACCAGCCCACCAACAGCCAUCUCAACCAACGCAUCCACAAUCCCCACAGACCCAUUCGAUGAAUCCGUCUACCGUCUGAUUCCUGCAACCGUGGUCUCACCACCGCGUCAACCUCGUCACCGUUCUCGAUAUGCUGAUCAGUCUCGCACUGAAUACUUUUCUGGCCGUAAAGAUACCGCUUCCAUGGGGCCUGCUAAGGUCGAUGUGCGAAACCCAAAGACUUUUUUGAAAAAGGGAGAGUUGGAGGCUAGAAUGGUUCGAAAGGAUUUCUAUCAACCUGAUCGAAGUGUUCGUAAAGAUCCCAUGCCCCACGGUCUCACUGAAUUACCUAGUGGAGCUCCCAAAGACUUUAUCCGUAUGAAUGCAUUGUCAAACAUCAAUACCGAAGCCAAAAAACCAAACUCAACAGGCCCAGCCUACCGAUUCAAACCCGACUAUGGCAAAACCCCCGAAUACGUCCUCAAGCUCAAAGACCAAAUGGCUGCUUCCGCCGCUGAGGAAAAAGCCCAUGCUGAGAAAAUCGCCGCUGAACGUCCUGCUCAAGCUGGUCUCAUCCCUCUCCCUGAAUCGGAACGUCAAGUCAUUUUGUCGGGUCUUAAAUCAAACUUGGAGAAGCUCGAACAGGAAUAUGGACGUCUCUCGUUAACUACUGAUACUGUGCCCAAGAUCAAUCGUAAAGUGGGGAUGGAACGUGAUUUGAGGAGGCUGGAAGAAGAUAUCAAGAAGUUUUCAAGACCAAAUAUUUACGUGGAUAUUUCGUUUGCUAGUCCAUCUGCUGUAUGA